AUGUUCUUUUCUUUCUGCUUUUUACGGGUUAUAGUGAAAGAAAAAGAGAUUGAAGUAGUUGCAGAAAAUAAGCCAUUGAAGGAUUGUGAGAGGGCAAGACGUACAUGGACGAUUGGGAAAUUCACAUAUACAUGGAGAUUACUUAUGUUCCCAAAAGGAAAUGGUGUCGAAUAUCUUGGUGUUCCUGAUUCAGAUAGCUUACCAGAGGGGUGGACUAGAACAGCCAAGUAUAGUAUCGAGCUGAUAAACCAGAUGGAUAGAACGAAAACUAUCACAAAAGGUUCUUGUGUACACUCAUUAGGAUGA